AUGCCGGUGCUGAAGCAGCUGGGCCCCGCGCAGCCCAAGAAGCGGCCGGAGCGCGGCGCCCUCUCCAUCUCCGCGCCGCUCGGUGACUUCCGGCACACGCUGCACGUGGGGCGCGGCGGCGACGCCUUCGGGGACACUUCGUUCCUAAGCCAACCGCCGCUGCGCACGGCCGCGGCAGUGAUCCAGCGCAUCCGCUGGGACCCGCGUCUCGACCCGGCCGACUUCUCUGUGGGCUACGCCGACCGCUUCUUGGGCGUGCGCGAGGAGCCCUUCUGCGCCUUCUGCUGGGACGAGCCGCUGGCGGCGCUGGGGCCCGGCGUCCUGGCCGUGCCGCAGCACCGAGUGCGCUACUUCCGCUUCCGGGGCCGCCUUGUGUGGGACCGCGCCUCGCGCACCGACCUCGUCUUUGGCUCGGGCUCGGCGGCGGGUCGCGGACCCACCAUCCUGGACGCGCUUGACGGCGGGGACGCCCACGGGCCCCGGGACGCCCACGGCGGCGAGGACGCCCAUGUCACUGAAGACGCCCACGAGCCCCGAGAUGCGCACAACGGCGAGAACGCGCGUGUCCGCCAAGACACUCACGGGGCCCGGGACAAGUGCAACAGCGAGGAUGCCGAUGUCAGCGAGGACGCCCAGGGGCCCCAGAACGUGCACAGCGGCGAGGACGCAGUCGACGGCGUAGCCGUCGGCCCCGCAGACAUCCAAACGGAAGAGCUCAGAGUGCCCCACUGGACAGAGCUAGAAGGGGUAUGGAGGCCGGCCACCGUAGCCAGGACCACGGAGGCACAAAGUGGGGAGGCGCAAGUCCAGGUCGCCCCGGAAAGGCCUGUGGGAGAUUUCCCGGAAACAGAAGCAGAGUGGGGUCCUGGGGCCUGGCCCUUGGACGGUGGAGAGACUGCUGGCGCCAGGUCUGUGGCGCCUCGCCAGCCCCGCCCCACGCAUUUUGUGGCUCUCAUGGUGACUGAUCCCUGGCUGCAGGCGGGAGUGGCCAAGGCCCAAGAAGAGCUGAUCCGAGCUGCGCCCUCCUGCGCUGCGUUCCUGGUACCCGCGGGCGCCCUGCACCUGACACUGGCCCUCCUGAGGCUAGCAGGCCCUGGGGAGGUAGCUGCAGCCCUCGGUGCUCUGAGACGUGCGCUCUCAGCCCCAGGGCUGGAGGCACCCCAGCAGCUGAGGUUUAGGCGCCUGCUUCUCCUGAAGCACCAUGUACUCUGUGCCCCUCCCUGGCCCUCCCUUGAAAACAUGGCCCAAGUGCUGAGACAGAGGCUGGAAGCGGAGGGGCUCAGAGUAGUUCGGCCCCUAGGGGGGCUGCACCCCCACCUCACCCUGGCCAAAGUGCCCCAAGGUUCUCCAGUCUGCCUCCCGGAGCCCGAGGUCAUCCCCAGCCAGGAGCUAGGGAGCCAACCCCUGGGGAAGCUCUGGUUAUGCCGCGUGGGCAGGGCAGGUGACACCUACCAGCCCCUGGCCGAGCUGCCCCUAGGGUGACAGCGCCCCUCAGACUCUGGAGAAGACAAACCUCCACCCCCAAAGAACCGGAGAAGAUCCAGUCCAAGCAGGAGGAGGCAAAGUGCUCUCUCUCUCUCUCUCUUUAAUUUUGGUUUCUCUCAAGCUUCCAAAUGGUGCUCAGUGAUCCAAGGAAAAGAAUGAAGGAAGGAGAGGGGAGGGGAGAGGGAGGGAGGGGAGGCAGAGGAGGAACGUCUGGAAAAAAAGCAGCCUGACAGUCCAGCUGUUUGCAAACUCAUUGCACAUCCUCCAGUUACAUGGCAGAAGAGGGGGAGGGCCGAAAAGAAAAAGGGGAGGAAGAAAAAUAACUUAAAUAAACACACACAAAAAGAAAA